AUGGCAAAAGCAGCAUUAGGCCCUGUCUCGGUGGUCCUUACCCGAGAACAGGAUAGCAUGGGUGCGACUGAACUGGCUCGCAGCCUGCUGUCCGCACGGAGGCUGAGUGUCUCCCCAAACAUCCUGGAGCUCCUGUCAAUGCCUUGCUUAGAAGAACUGGAAGCUGAUUACCGGCCUAGAAUAUCUGACAAUCUCAAAAUAGGUUUUACAAUCUCAGAUCAUGCCACUCAAACUGAUAUAAGUGAAAUAGGAGAUCUAAAAGAGUUUAUGGUAACAACAAGAACUUUGUUACAGUUUGCAAACUCAAUCUCCGAUGACUUUGCAAGGUAUAAAAGUGUCCUCCAAGCACAGUAUGAGGAAAAAAUAAAGGAGCAUGCAUUCAGUCUCUGGCUAGAAAUUAAUGACAAACUGAAAUAUAUUGAGGACAUUUAUAAGCAGAAAGAAGUCAAGAUGAGGCAUAGCUUCCAACAGCAAUUAUGCGAUGCACUUGCAAUUCUUAGAGCACACUAUUCAAAAUAUUUUCGUAUAGAGCAAGAAAUAUAUGGAGCGGAUGAGGACUCAAUAGGCAAAAAGAUGGAGAGGUUAAGGAAUGAGCUUGAUGAGCAAGCUAUUACAAUCCUAACAUUAGAAGAAGAGCUGCAGGAGUAUAAACGCCGGGAAAAGUUUUCAGACAGAGACAUUGAAAUACAGUUGCUUCGCCAAGAAAUUGCGGAAUUCAAAGAGCAAAUGGCCAUCGUGAGUGCAAGAAACGCACGCCUUCAAGACACUGUGAGACGCAGAGAGAAAGAACUUGUUGAGUUAGAGAAUGAAAUGCAAUCUGUGCAAGAGAAAAAAGAAAAAGAUAUGAAGAUAAUUCAAAAGCUAGUGAACUCUCAAGAGCUGCUGAAGUUGGAACUUGACAGGGAGAAGCAGCGAGUGCUAUCUAAAACUCGGGAAGUAAAGGAAGCACAAGAUAGCUUAGCAAGAUUAUCAGGAGCCCAAGUGAAAGUUUCGCCAGAGGUACCAAGUGAAGUCCCAGAAGAAAAACCAGCAAGGAAGAGAAGGGGAACAAAAGGGAAGGCAAUCAAAGAGGGGGCUGCCAAAGACACUGCCGCCAGAGUAGCUGCUGCUAAAAAAGCCGCCAUGAAAGAAGCCAUGACCAAAGAAGCCAAGGCUAAAGAAGCCAAGGCCAAAGAAGCCAAGGCCAAAGAAGCCAUGGCCAGAGAAGCAAGGGCCAAGGAAGCUAUGCCCACAGAAGCUAUGCCCACAGAAGCUAUAGUCAAAGAAACCAUGGCCAAAGCAGCCAUGGCCAAAGCAGCUGAAGCAAAAGAAUUGUUAUUGGAGCCAGAUAAGGCUGCACAAGAGAUGGACAGGGCAACUGAGAGAAAAGAACUUCAGGCUGAGAUAAAGAGACUGAGAAAAGCUGAACAAGAGGCAAGACAGAUUGCACAGAGACUCCAACAAGACAUGAGUCAGUCUGGUCGAUCAUGGAAAAUGAAGUUUGAAAUCCUAAAGAAAAGCCUGCAUGCAAUUAAGGAUGAGAUGUUCCUCAGGCAAUCAUUGCGUCAGGCAGCCAAAUUUAGACGCACAUCUUUUACUGAGAGGACACCUUCUCCCAUACAUAUUCAGACUUCUUCAAUUAAAAAAAAGUCAUUUUUAUCUGGGUUGUACAUGCAAUAUUCACCUCUGCCAGACAUAGCACGUCAACCAGUUACAGAAACAAUUGACGAAGAGAGCAAUGAUGUCAAUAAAAUUCCGGUUACCAUUGAAAUUCCUACUGCAUUUGGAGUUUCCCAGAGACGCGAUUCAAGCCAAGGCCGAGACUUGCUCAAGCAACCCAAAAAGGAUCGGUUUAAUUGGGAAGGAAUAAAACGGGAAAUCGUCAUCGAAAAUGACUUGGGUUCCUUUCCAUCCGAGGCGGGUUCCGCCCUUGGACCUCACAAACCCGGCCCUUGUUGUUAUUUUCUUCCCAAUCGCCAAGAAUGCUUUGGGCACGUUUUGGAGAUGUCAGUGCGCCAAACGUGGCGAGAAUCUCCCUCCUGCUUUGAGCCCAAAGGGAAAUGCUCCCUUCGCCCCUCGGGGCCAUUUUCCAGCCAAGUAAGCCAGAAAGGUGCCUUUGGCUGGGGUGGAAAGGGUGCCCUGCCUCGGAAAGCCCCCGGGUUGGAGAGCAACACUGUGGCCGCUUGGAGAGAGCGCGCUGCGCAACAAGUGGCCUCCGAGCAGGUGCGCAGGAAGGAGAGCGGGAUGGAGGAAUGA